GGGAGGAGGAGGUGGUGGUGGUGGAGGAGGAGAGGUCGGAGCCGUCUCCUGGAACCCUUAGAGACAGAGUGCCCGGCGGUAGCGGCGGGGCAGCGCAUCGGCAGACGAGUGAGCCCCCGGCGGCGGACUCAGGUGAUUCAUUUCCCCCCCUGGAAACCUGAAAACAGUCGGCCAUACAAAAAAAGUCUUACUGAUUUCAGGUAAAAACAGUAAUCGAAGAUGUCAAGCAAAACAGCCAGCACCAACAACAUCACCCAGGCGAGGAGGACUGUGCAGCAAUUAAGACUAGAAGCCUCCAUUGAAAGAAUAAAGGUUUCAAAGGCUUCAGCAGACCUCAUGUCCUACUGUGAGGAGCACGCCAGGAAUGACCCUCUGCUGGUAGGGAUACCAACCUCAGAAAACCCUUUUAAGGAUAAGAAAACUUGCAUCAUCUUAUAGAGGAAAAGCGAAACGGUCCCACACCUCUUCUCAACAAAUCAAAUGAUGAGCAGCUCCUUGAAGAAAAUUACCUUCAGCUUAUUUGGUAACCACUGCUAAUAACUAAAAUGCUCUUAAUGUGGAAUAAUAGAUUCUGAAGUCUUUAUUUUCCAAGUUGUCCUUUCUCUGAAAUAUGCUUUACUGAUCUAACAUAAAAUAACAAUCUUGUUUUCCAUUUAGUAACUAUGGUGUACUGUUGGGUUACUGCUUAAUGAAAGUCCAUUGGGCCUUUUAUAAAACACAAUUACAUACUUUCAAGUAUAUGAACGAUCCAGUUAUGUCAAGGCCUAAAUUGCCUGAGCCCCUGUUUAGAAUAAAAUGCCAAGAAUAACUUAAGUCUUUAAACCUUUAUGUCAUAAUUGUUCUUAAUAGGGUUGUGCCAACUUGUACAGUGUACACGGGUGAGGAGUGUUUGUGUGUGCGUGUGUGUAUAUAUAUACAUAUCUUUGUAUAUACACAUAUCAAAGCUUAUUUGCUUAUUAUAGUUCUGUCUUCAUACCAUCAGUUCCUCAGCUUCAGGAGUUAUCUUAAGCUAUGUAUAGGUAGAAUAAGAACUUCUUUUCAUAUAGUUAUUGUACAAAAAAUAAAGAGCAUCCUAAAAGUUGUAUUCGUUGUAAUCAAGAAAUGAAGUCAUCUCUUGCUGACCCUUUUAGGCUACAAUAAACUACCAGUUAAAAUUUUAAAAUUGAACUAAAAGUCCUUUUAUAAUGUGAGGUAUUCAUUCACAAGAGGCCUUUUGGGCUUCAGCAAUCAUGAGUCUAGAAAAAGGGGAAGGUGCUCCUGGGGAGAACACCAGGCCGCCACGCCCCCAGGGCUCACGUUCUCUGGAUUAGGGGUGUAUGCUUCUGAAGUUGCCACUGUAAUGAUUGGAAUGAGACCAAGUGCAUGGGAGCCUGACGGAGGGAGGAGCGGGACGGUGUGAAAACCACCUGCUGUUCCGGACCAAACUUUGUGAUUUAGCUCCUCCUUCUCUCUUGCCUUCCUCACCUUUCCUCACCUGCUAGAACAUCUGUUUGCAGAGAUCACGUUCACCUCCCCAACCCAAGUGGGUAGAACAUAGUAGGAACGAAACACACAAAAAACAUGAAGGUAUCAAGACACAAGUUCUUUUCAAACAUCUGCAGUGUCACCCGUACCUUGUCCGAGAACCAUCCAAGAGAGGCAUGGACUCAGUGGCACACGACUUAAGCCCAAGGGUUCCAGCAUCCGGGCAUUGCGUUCCUUGAUUUUCCUCUCGGCACAAGUGUAGCCCUCACGUGCUCAGAAUUUUUGGUGGGGAAACCCCAGAGGAGGACCUUCCUAUGACCAGAAAGUGUGUUAGCUUUAUCAGAAGAGAAGAGAGGCUCUUUUUUCAAAAAUGCUCACUGAGGGCCAAACCAUACACUUAGUCUUUGAUAUUUUAAUUCAUCUUCGGUUCCUUAAAAAUAACUACAAAUGAAGGAUAAAACAUAUAUUAUUUACAAUGGUUUUUUCCCUAGUUUUGUACAAUCUCGCCCUACAGUGCAAGCCCCUUUUAAAAUCCAAUGUCAGGGUUUUGAGUAGUAUAUUAGUUGUGGAUGAACAGCUGUAGGACUGUUUUAAACUGCUCAAAUGUAGUCAUUAUUUCUCCAUGUUGCCUGUCUGUUCAGCGUUGUUCACUGCCCUCACUUUUCCAAGACCAUGUGAGUCACGCCACUGCCCUGAACCUCUUGUCCUCUGGCGCUUGGUUCUGCAGCAAGCCCGAUUCCCAAGCAAAUUGUAAGCACCUGUUUAGGAGAGAGAAGGGUUUUACCUUUCAAAAGGUGAAAUUUGAAAUGUACACUAAAAAGACAACUUUACAUUUAAUGCUUCACUUAAGGAGACAUUCAUGUUUUUAAUAAGUAUGUUUUUCUGGUAGUUACAAAACACUAAUCUUAUUUUUACUCUGAUUUUUAAUGUUUCUUAAAUAUUUAUAAUACAUCUUAUUAAAAUAUUUUCAUGAAAUUAUGUUUAUUAUACAGUUACGUGCACAUUUUCAGUAGCAGGCAUAGAUUAUUCAGUACUAAAACAUGUUCUUUUACCUAAUAGAAAACAAAUUUGUUUUGUUAUAUAAUUUGUUAAGAUGGUUGUAGAGAUAAGGAAUGGACUUGAGGUCCCAAGAGAUUUCAUUUUAUUUUUGCCAGCCAGAGAGCAAAGGCCGUGAGGAUAACUCACGUAACUUCCUGAACAGGUAUAUGGCCUGUUCGAGACAAAGUAAAAUCAAAUCUUUUGAUCCUGGCCCCAGGGAGGGAUGGGGAAGGGAUGAAUUGUAGCUAAAUGUUGGUUUACUUAUAACUUAGACAUCUAUGUGAGAAAAUAUAAUAUAUGUAUACAUAUAUAUAAUAUGCAGAAGUCACUUUUAUUUAUCAGGCUUUAUGCUACUUAUGAAGCCACAGUUUAACUGUUCUGCAGUAGCUGGUUUGUAGUAAUGAUGAACAGAUGCCCAGAGUGUGUUAUUUUUUUCCUACUGCCACGAUAGUGACACACUUAGUCACACCUACACAUGCACCUUCUUGGCUUCAUGUCUAUGAAGCCAUUUAAAUACAUUCACUAUACCUUGUCUUCAAUGCUGCUUCUCCUAACAGCAAUAUUUUUUUCAUUCUUAUAUUGUUAGUUCAUCAUAAAUCUGUCCCGUUGAGCCCUCAGGAUCAUGGCAAGGUAUGCUAGACAAAAUUUCAUGACUCCAAAGAAUUUCACAGAAACACAUUAUUUUUCCUAGAGAGAAAACACUUUAUAUACCAAGUGAUUCCCAAGUUAUAGGUUGUAACUACAUUUUUUCUAAAAAGAAUCAGCUUUCUACAUUUCCUUACCUUAUUAAAAUAAAAAGUGCCAUACUCAUUUUUUAAAGGAAAGACCUGCUUUGCUUUCUCUUUGUUUGGAGUAUUUUUGUACUUAUUUUAAACCACCAGAAAAAAAUCAUACCAAUGAUUUAGUAAUUUUGAGGCAUAGUUUAGUUUAGGUAAUGGAGGACGUGCCCAACUUUCUCUUCAGAUAUCUUCUUCCCAGCUGAUGUACUAAUGCAGUAGUGUCAUCUGAAUGAUUACACAAAUUUUGAUUUAAGAUCUAAAUAGGCCCAAGAAGUGAAUUAUACCACAUGUCAGUUCUUUCUCAAUAACAUAAAUAUAAUACAGAGUAUGUUAUGAAUUGUAUUGAUUUCUUUUAUGAUAUAUCUGUUACUAGGAAAAAGUACAUUGAAUCAAAUAGAAUUACAUGUAUAUUAAAAUUGAGUGCUUAUCUAAAGUGGGUGGCCUAGAUUGUUUUCUAGCCAAUCCUGCGUCCCUGUGUCCCUGUGUCGUGUAACUUUGGACAAGGCACUUCCUCUCCCUGGGGCUCCAUUUUGCUGUCUGUAAAACAAGGGGCUCGAAGUAGGUGGUAGCUGCAAUCCCCUCCUGCCCUUGUAGUUCUCCGUCCAGUGGCUACCCCUCUACUCAUCUGCCAACCUGUUGGUGCUAUACGCUGCUUCAGAUAUCAAAUUAGUUCGUCUAUCAUAUAUGCUCGUUGAAUAGCUUCUGAAAGGCCUUUUUGUCAUGCAGCUUUUUUUCUAGUUUUAUGGACUUGAUUAUUGUAAUAAUGUCUUGUUUUUAGCCAUGUAACUAAAAACAUAUAUCCUCUUGAUGUCUCAGUAAAUUUGAUAUAUAGUUGAUGUAAUUUUGUUAUUUUAAAACACUCUUUGGCUAGUCAUCUGUCCAGCCUCUUAUUAACCUAAAAACUGUGAUCAUUGUUUGGAAAUCUGUCCUAUGAAAAGAAUAAAAGCAUUUAUUUCACAGCUAACAUGUUCACAGAUUUGGAAGAAGUUUCAUUAAAGCACCAUUGCUCUCUUUA